UUGACGGAAGACGAGAAGCGCGUGUGAAGCUAUGUGGUCUGAAUCAUAUUAUUAUAUAAAAUAAAAUCUACUCCAAAAAAUCAGUGCACUCUUUGUAAACCUCAUCAUAGCGAUCACUACUUCCAAUCUCAAAUUUCAACCGAAGAUGUCUGGUCGUUACAGGAGGUUGAGAUGUUACUGAUUUCAAGAGUGUAACUCGCAGCGCGUAAAUCCUGCAAUCUCUGCGAUAUCCAUAACUUAAUUAGAAACACGUUUAGUCCUCUCGAAUACUUGAUUGUAACUGAUUCUGUGAAAAAUGUUUCCUAGAUGUUGGAUUUUUUAUAGAAAAAUUAUCCUGGAUGCAAAUUUGAUGUCAGCAGCCGGAUUACCAAAUGUGUUAUUCUGUAUUUGUAAUACUUAAUAUUUGCACAACUGAUUUUUUUUACUGAUUGAAUUUUCAAGCGUGAUAUAGUACAUUCAUUUGAUAAUAUGACUUGAUUGUGUGGUAGGCAAGUGGAAUGCGCAUGUGCGUGGCACCAGCCAAAUAUGGCGACGGAUGGUUCUAAGUCGAGUGCAAGUUCUGGGGGACUUGUUCGAGUAGGAUUUUAUCAUUUAGAAAAAACCAUUGGCAAAGGAAACUUUGCUGUGGUAAAGCUAGCCACUCACAUUAUAACAAAAACAAAGGUUGCUAUAAAAAUAAUUGAUAAAACACAUUUAGAUGAAGAUAAUUUGAAGAAAAUUUUAAGGGAAAUACAAGUAAUGAAAAUGCUACAUCAUCCACACAUCAUAGCUUUAUAUCAGGUGAUGGAAACCGAAAGAAUGAUUUAUUUGGUUACAGAAUAUGCAAGUGGAGGAGAAAUUUUUGAUCACCUUGUAGCUCAUGGCAGAAUGAGUGAGAAAGAAGCAAGGCAUAAAUUUAAGCAGAUUCUGACUGCAGUACGUUAUUGUCAUGAACGGCAUGUUGUCCAUCGAGAUCUAAAAGCUGAAAAUUUAUUAUUAGAUGAAAAUAUGAAUAUCAAAAUUGCAGAUUUUGGUUUCAGUAACUAUUAUGAGUUGGAUAAAAUGCUCUCGACUUGGUGUGGAAGUCCCCCAUAUGCCGCUCCUGAACUUUUUGAAGGAAGGCAAUAUAAUGGGCCAAAGGCUGAUAUUUGGAGCUUAGGUGUUGUUCUAUAUGUUCUGGUAUGUGGAGCACUACCAUUUGAUGGCAGUACAUUACAUUCUCUGAGGAAUCGUGUAUUGGCUGGGAAGUUCAGGAUACCUUACUUUAUGUCAAGUGAAUGUGAACACCUAAUUAGGCAUAUGCUUGUUGUGGAUCCUGCUAAGCGGCUUACAAUAGAUCAGAUAAUCAAACACAAGUGGAUUACUCAAGAACCAGAUGAGCAGUUUGAAAGGACUCUAAAAAAAUAUAGUAUUGACAGUAAAGUUGAAGAGGAGGAGCCAUUGUGUGAAGUUGUUAUCGAUUAUAUGUUGCAACUUCCAGCAUUUAAGAGAGAAGAUAUAGUCAGUUCUGUAAAAGAAAAUAAAUUUGACCAGUAUAGUGCAAUGUAUCAUUUACUAUUGGAAAAAAUUAAGACUCACCAAAGAAUGGCUCUGUUACCACAAAAUUUACCUGUUGCAUCCCAACCUCAGAGAAAAGCUAGCAUUACAACAGGAGUGGUUGAAAAAUCACCCCCAGCUGAACCUGCUACAGAAAGUGAGCAACCUGCAGUGAAACCAAUGUUUAGUCCAAUACCAAUAGUACAGCUUGUAACUGAAAAUCUUGAAAAAUUUGGAGAUGUGGAAUUGGAAUCUGAUGAAGAAGAUAAGCGUAUUGAAACUGCACAGUCUCAGUACCAUGUUGUCAGGCGGCAUACCGUGGGACCAGACAAUGCUGAUGCACCAGAGGGUGGUGCUGUUGGUGGAGAUUUAUUUCUUCCACGAGGUGGACCAUAUUAUGGACCUACUCUUCAUCCUGCUACUGCUCUACCUCUUAGUGCACUUCCCCAUACAAAUCUUCCCCAGAAUCUGCCUCUUGUCCAAAAUCAAAAUCCUCAGAUAUUCUGUGUUAAAGACCAACAUUUGUUGAAACCACCACAAGUUCUUGGUGCAGUUGGCGGCCUUGGACGUCGUGCAUCUGAUGGUGGUGCAAAUGUUCAAACGUACUAUCAGCGAAAAGUGAUACCUGGACAACAAGGGCAGUCACCAAAUAAAGAGAGACCUUCUACUAUGUCGCCAAACAGUACAUUACCUCAAGGUCUCCAAGCUUUAGCUUUACAGGAAGAUGAGAGCCAAGAACAGGAGGAGCAGCAAAUGGUGCAGCAGUCUUCUGUUCAAGGUUACUCAGUAUGGGAGCAACCUCAGAAUUUCCGAAUGGGGUUAAGCCCACCCGAGGAAGUGCAGAAGAAAAUACCUCCAAUGAAGCAGAGGAGAACUGGUUUAUUAACAGUAUUGGAGAAACAACCUGCCAAAUACCGAUAUUGUCAGCAACUUCAUUUAUUUCUACCCCCUUCUGAGUACAACAAUUAUUGUAUCAAUGGAGGUCGAGAAAGCUUACGAGACACUGCUUCCCUUCAGUCGACCUCUGGGCGUUACUCCCCUGUCAGAAGAGCUAGUGAUGGCUGCUCUCCAGUGUCCUAUUAUCGAAAUCAACUUGAUAGGAUCUAUUAUCAAACUGUUGCAACACCAGAUAGUUUCAAAACAGUUCUACAAGAAUAUCAACAGCUCCAGCAAUUGCAUUCUAGUGGCGUAGAUUCCAGAGUAUCUGCUGAAAUGCAGCGACAACAUUGUCUACACAUACAGCAGAUGGCCCAGCUACAGCCUUCUGGUUACUUAACAUCUAUUUCUUCACCACCAUCAAUAGCUGGUUCUCCAAUUCACCAAGCUCAACCUAAUAUGGGGGGCUCACCAUCAGCCUUAACACAGCAUCUACAGAAACUUCAUCUGCAGCACCAGGGUGGUCAAAUGAGCUUCACUGGCCUUGAAUGCCCUCUUCAAGCAUUCCAAAGGAUUCAAGCCUUAUCUACUCCUCAUCACAGUAGCCCAACAGCUCCAGUUCCAGGAUCUUUGUUCCCUUCAGAUACUUCUCCUACUCGCUUGCCCGUCAUCUCUACCAGCAGCACUUCACCCCAACAGCCUUAUCCUGAAUCACCAACUCACUUGUACACAUGCCCAAUAAGUUAUGCCACUCAACCAAGUGGAAGUAGUCCUCCACCAGUCGGUUACAAUCUUGAUAUGAUUCAAGAAGAUAUAACAGAACAUAUUAUGCCUGGUGGGAGUGACACAAUGCUGACAGUUGUAACUAGUGAUGAUAGCCCUCGAUCAUCUCCAACAUGCCAGCAGAUGGGAUUUCCUCAGAUCAGUAUUACCGAUGAGACGGGAAAUGUCACCGUCUCUUCAUCUUUGACGGGUCAGAGUAUAGUUCAUGAGACUGUUUCUCGUAAGCAGCCAUUGCAGAGGCAAAAAAGUGAAGUGGUGCAGUUAUCAGUUCCAAAGAGGUAUCAGUUAUCUACAGGAAUAGAUGAGCAUGUCAUUCGUGGUGGACGCAGAGCUUUUGUCCGUCAAAGUAGUAGAGAAGCAGAAGACAGAGACAUAGCAACAGAAUUUGCGAUGUGUGGGAGUUCCAAGUCACUCUUGCGAUGGGCAACCAAACAGUCAAUUCGACAAUCUUAUGUUCAUGCUAAACACUUGAGGCAGACAUUUCCACCUAUUGGACAUAUUUCUUCAUCUCUGGGAAAGAAACUAGGGCGUCAGACACUAGGUCAACACAUUUCUACAAGUGACCCAACUCCUAAUCCGUGGGCUGGGAAACCAUCCAAUUGGUGGAGUAAAAAAUCUGUUUUUAGGGAGCACCAACUUCAUAAAACUCCCAGUGGUAGUGUUCAUGUAUCCCUUCCAACAAAUGAACGAUCUUUUACAUGUGAAGCAGAUAUACUUCAGGAAAUCCAGCAACAGCUGGAUCCUAUAGUUCGAGGCCUGUCCAUGAUGUUGCAGAGAUCUGAGAGGGGUUUGGCUGUGGAACAUCCAGCUGGAGUCCAAAUUGAACUUGAAGUAUGUGAUGGUCCCCAUCCAGAUGAUAAGCGAUUGAAGAUGCGAAGAAUUUCUGGUGAUAGUUUACAGUAUAAUGAAAUUUGUAGAGAACUAUUGAAUGGUAUUAAUAUAUGAAAUUAUUAGAUACCAUCAUUGCAGUGAUACUAUUGCCAUAAUCUUCCACUUCUGAUAUGUGCUAGUCUUAUGAUAUGGAUAUUUUUCCCUUUUUUUCUCUGAAAUGGGAAUGUUACUAGUCAGACUGAUUCAUUCCCUUUUUGAAGUUAGAAUGAAGCAGGUCCUGUUUACUGAGGGAGCUGCCUUAGAAAACAUAUCCACCAAGUUGCUCAGCCUGUAUAGCGGUAUCUUUAGUAAAGAAAAUAUUAUUGCACUUUUUUGUUAACUAUGUGAAAGUGUUUAUGAAGUGUGAAUGCAGAUUGUAGGACCAAUGCAAAAACACAUUUUCUUCAGUGGGGACGUUGCUCAAUGUAUUAAAAAUAUGUUAAGCCUCCUCAGGGCUCGUCAUUGUAACAAUCAAGAAAUGUGAGUAAUGAACAUUGAGACCAUUUGUAAUAUAUGUAUAUAAUCUGUCUGUAAAUGUUCUCGUUAUUGGUUGAAAUUGCUAUUGUGUUGCUUACACAUGUCUCUGCGAAUAUGUGUAAUGUUUUAGUCUGUUGUAGAUACAAUUUAUAAAGUAUUUGUUGUGUUAAAUUUUUCAAGUAAUUCCGUUCUUCAAUAACAGUAAACAGUGAAAUUUUUGCAGUUUUAGUAUAAAAUAGAAAAUUCAUCUUCAGAUAAAGAAUUAGUAUCAACUUUUGCGUCAGUCAACGCAUUAACUUAAGGUAGGAAUUGAAAUAGAAUGUGCAAUUUUUCUUCCUAAAUCACCACUUUUAAACAUAAUAUUGGGAUUUGGAGCAGCACAAUGUAUUAAUCCCUUGUCAUCACUAAUUAUAAUGAAGUUUUUAGCUGGUAUUUGCUUAUAAAAUUUGGAAUGUAGAAAGAAACUACUGCUGAUUUAAGUAUUUGUUAACAUAAAUUAAUUUAGUAUAGGGUUUUCUUGUUUUAAAAAAUAAACAACUUGAGUAUUUUUACUGCAAAAUUGUACACAAAAAUUCAUAAUAACACAUAACUUAUGGGAAAAAAAUUGCUUUCUCUGUUGAAGGCACAAAAUAUGUUCAUA